AGUGUGAACUUUCUUCCUUUAAUCGGGGAGAAAUUGUAAGCUGAAUUCAAAUCAACCAGGAAAAAAAAAUGCAAUCCAGAUUAGCUGCCACCGCCGUGAAAUUCAGUCCGCGGGACCUAUUUUCCGGUCACCAAAAGAAGUUUCUGGCGCAGAGGCUUUGCAGCGCCACCUCAAGUGGCAGAACUGCCGAUCCUGCUGAGCAUGCCGUAGAACCUGAUGAAGUGUACGUAACAGAAGCAAUACAGGACGAAAAGCGCCGUCACUCACAAGAGCAGGGACCGACCACCAAGGACAACGAACCAUACGUUCCUCCCAAAUCGCCAUUUGAAUCGACGUCAAAACUGGAAUCCAGCGGCGUCGGCCCCCGCACAGACCCGAUCGCGCAACAAAAGCGGCGGAACUCCGCUUUCCCUGCUCAAAUCGGCGAUGUGAGUUGCGUGGGAAUCGACGGCAGCCCGUGGCCGGACGAUGAAAAGGAAACCGACAGGAAAGAACAAAGAGAAGAGCAAUUGGAAGAUGAUAGGGAGUACUUCAAGCACCACAAAGCGUCGCCGUUGUCGGAAAUUGAAGUUGCGGAUACUAGAAAGCCGAUAAGUAGGGCAACUGAUGGAACGGGACAGAAGGAGAGUGUAGGGGGUGGGGCAAUGGUGUGGAGGGCGGAGCAGCUGGAUACUGCGGAGGAGUCGCUGCGUAGAGCGGUGGAGAUAUUUAGAUGGAAUGCGAUGAGGGGCGACCCUGAUUCUCCCCAUGGCAGAGUCCUCCGUGAGCUUCGUGGUGAAUAUUGGUGAAGCGCUGUAUGUUUGAUUUUCCCCCCUAUGGUUUUGGGCUUUUGAGUUUGAAAAUAAGUGGUUGUAAAUCUGCUCUGUUCUGGAGAAAAAGCAAAUGAAAUGUGGUUUCAUGGGAUGAUUAAAUUAUAUUAA